UUUACGCUAUAACCAUGGAUAUUAUAGAACAAGAGCUUGACAUUCCUGCAAAGUAUAUGAGAAUGAAAGAUGGAAGGAUCUGUGCUGCUGUUCACAGAAGCUGGUUGACCAGCUUAACGACUAUUGGUCCUGUCAGUUUUAUUAAACAUGAACGUUUAUCCUCUGAAGAGAUAGCUGCCAAUCCAUCCUUAGAAGAAUUAGGUUCUAGUUGGUUAAAAGUAUAUAUAAAGGUUUAUCCCAAACAGAACAGAAAUGCUAUUCCACUUCCUAGAGCAAGGCAUGUUGCAAAUUCAAGAGCUACAUCGGAGCUGACAUUUACCCAAUUUUUUCAUUACGUCGCAGAGACUAAUCAUCGUAAUUUGUGGAAAGAAGCAUAUAAAAAAUAUUACAGUAAAUGGAAUCUAUUAGAUCAUAGAGAACAAUAUAAUAUAAUGGCUAAUAGUACUGAUAUUGCUGUGAUGCAAGAAGUAAUAUCACGAAUGUAUGGCUGUACAUUAGUACAGUUACAAAGUGGUAAUAUCCUUUCAGUAUCAAAUGGUUCUGUUGUUCAACCUCAUUGCAAUCUUCUCCCUGCGUUUCUUGCCUUGGAAACAGAUUCUGUAUUUAUGGUGAUAUAUGAACAAACAGCUAAAUACUCACUGCAAGAAUGUGUAACAUACAGUCCUGCAGCACUGUCUUCUAGCCACAGUAAACCUCUUUUUAUUGUAUACCAAAUACUACGAUUAAUGAGAGACAUGCAUGACAUAGGAUUAGCACUUGGUGAUAUCACAUUAAGUGACAUAUUAAUCACAGAAAAUUUUACAAUACAGGUGCUACCAAAAUUAAGUGAUAAUAUUUAUCUGAGGCCAGAGUCACAUUGUACAGAUACACCUACUACCCAAAGUCCUAGAAUUCCUAAGCAGUACAAUGACAGCAGCAGAGAAUUAAUUAAUAAUCAUACAACUAAUAUGAUCCCAGGAAGUCCUGAUUUUGGAUCUAAUGAAAAUAUUGAACGUCUUUGUGAAAUGUGGGUCUAUGGGCAGAUUAGUAAUUUUGAUUACUUGACAGCUCUGAAUAAUUUAGCUGGUCGAAGAUAUGGUGAUCCAAGUUGUCAUCACGUUAUGCCAUGGGUAACAGAUUUCACGCAGAGAAAUGGUGGAAACUGGAGAGAUUUAACCAAAUCUAAAUUUCGGUUAAAUAAAGGAGACAGGCAAUUGGAUUUGACUUUUGAUUCCCAAACAAUAGAGGUUGGACAUCAUGUAUCUGAUGUACUAUCUGAGAUUACAUAUUAUGUGUAUCUUUCACGGCGCUACAACAAAUCUGUUCUCUGCAAACAUGUCAGACCAUUAUGGGUUCCUUGGGAGUAUCCAGCCUCCAUUCAAAGAUUACAUGAUUGGAGUCCCGACGAGUGUAUACCUCAAUUUUUUACAGAUCCAAAUGUCUUCAAGUCAAUUCACGAGGAUCUUCCUGACUUAGAAAUUCCAGCAUGGGCAACAUCGCCAGAAGAUUUCAUUGAAAAACAUCGCGAAGCUCUUGAGAGUCUUUAUGUUUCUGAAAGAUUGCAUCAUUGGAUUGACUUGACUUUUGGUUACAAAUUGUCAGGAUCAGCUGCUAUAAAAUCUAAAAACGUGUGUCUGCAACUUGUUGAUAAUCAUACAGAUUUAACAAGUUCAGGUAUAGUCCAACUGUUUGGUCAGCCUCAUCCACAGAAAAUUGUUGCUUCACCAUAUUGGAGUAAAAUACCACCACGUCUUCAUAAAUCCGUUCUAAAGGACAAGACGAAAUACGAUCGUUCUGCCGAGAAGAUGAGCGAGGACGAGGGUCACAGUUCAGGGUUCGAAGAAGAAGAUUCUACACUAAUGUCAAAUGCAACGAGAUCUUCACCAUUAGCAUUGAGCCGUUUAUUAAGUCGUUCUCGAGGAUCUUUACUCUUCCCAGAUGAAAAUGCGAAACCUGAAAAGUCAGCCAGCCAAAUAAUUCUUCCUAAGGAUUACAACCCUGUAGCAGCUUUAAUCCAAGUGGAAACUAUGCACGCGUUUUUAAACAAAGUUAGCCAUCGUGUGUACAAGCCCUUCGAGAUUUCACGCGAUAAUUUCAUAAACUACAAACAAAUUGUUGCUUCUGGUAGAAUCAAAGAGCAGCAAAUUCUAGGUUGUCUGAUUGUGGAAAUAUUUCUUGCCGGAAAAUUGAGAGCUACAAGAAAUACUGGCAAUGUGUCUUUUGUCAAUAGAUUCAAUACUUGUCUGAACACUUUGAAAGCAUCACCGGACGCUUUGCCAAGAUGCGUGAGAAAAGUUGUGACACUUUUAUUGCAAGUGGACGUACUGCCCAAAUCCUAUAAUCUUGAAAAUCUCGAGACAAAUGAUACAAACACACCUAUCAAUAGCACAAGCACACAAUUUCGUUAUCCAACAGUGACUUACAUGGGACUCCCACCACCGUCUGCUCAUCAAUUACUACAGCCAAUUCUUUCUGGCAAUUUAUUUCCUUUUUCAAAGUAUUUUCAAUGUCUCUAUAAUAUUGUAGACAUGCUACAGGAGUACAAUGUUCUGGCACGAGAGUUGAACUUCAUUCUACAGCUAGAAGAAGACUGUGAAGCAAUGGCUAAAACCAAAAUACAAUAUCUCUGCAAAAUCAGCGAGUGCAAAGUGAAGGCCAUUGCCAGGGAAUUAGAACGUCUUCUACCAGAAGCUGGAAAUAAUUCUGAAGCAAGUUUACAGCUUAUAGUACCACACGUUAGACAAAUUUUAGAAGAACCAUACAGCGCAGUUUUAGCUGCUUGGUAUUUAUUUGAUCCCAUUGCUAAAGCACUAGGUCCUAAGGAUGCGGCUGACACUUUUCUUGAUCCAAUUGUGAAACUUUACGAAAAUGGCUCCAUCAUGGAUGGCUGUAUUCAUAUGGAUGUGUUUUCUGCUGCUUCCUUAGCAAAGUUUCGUACCAUGAGAUUGUACCAUAGAAGUUUUUUAUUGAAGUUAAUGGUGCGACUUGGUUUACGUCGAUUCCUUGAUAACUUUAUCACUCCUCUCGUGGAGGCCGUUGGUGGAUACAGGGAUCAUCUUCAAGGCUCUUCCAGCACAAAUCAUUAUAGAACAGGAAAUCUCAAGAGUUGUGAUUUGAGCGGAAGCUGUGGUGACAGUGAUGCAAUUUUAUCACCUUUGGAUGAGGAUUCUUCAGUAGAUUCAGAAAAUAAUAUCCCAACCUCAUCUGGAUCCAUAGUCACUGAUUCUAGAAAUGCUUAUUCAGCUGAUAAUGAUGUCGAAGAAGUCUUUACAUUAGAAACAGAAGAUACCUCUGGUCCCUGCAGUACCAAUUCACCAUACCAUAUCGACAUGCAUCUAGACCUGAAUCUGAGUCUCAACGAUUUAUCUGAUGAUACAAACAGAAUCUCACCACCCGGUACACUUAAAUCUCCAACAAUUCCAAUUCCACGUCGAUCUGACGGCGGAAAGCUGGUUACCGAUUUUAACAGUAUUGGCUGUCACGUUGGUAGCAAAACAUCGAGUGAGAAUACGCCGUUCAGUAGCUCAUACGCAGGAAACGUACAGUCAGGCAGUAAUGUAUCAGAGAACGUAUGCACUUUAGGUUCUGAUAAUUCAAAAUCUGUCACACUACGUCUCGAAUACGAAGAUAGAACAGACAACGAAGAAGAUGAUAACACCAUACGAGUGGACACGAAUGUACAAAAAUCAGCACCUAAUGAUUGCAAAGUAUCUGAAAUGAGCACAGAAUCUGUGAUAUGGUUAUCACAUCGUUUGGGGCCUGUAUUAACAGCGCGUUACCUGUCAAGAAAUCUUUUGAGGAUGCUUACUCUUUGCUAUGCAGGCAGAGAAAAUCUUUCACCAGUUCCUGACUGUGAGUUUACGAGUAUAGAAACAUCCAGCUGGAAUAGUACGAUACUCGUAGGUGACAGAAAUGCCACAAAGGUCUUGGAAUGUCUCACAGCCAUUUCCGGUCUGUAUGGCGAACAGAUUAUCCUUCUGCAAUACUUUGCACAUGUCGGUGAACUCUUGUCUCUUUGUAAGCGAAAACUAACGCCAAAUCUUGAAGGUGGCUUAGUUUCAUGCUUGGCUCUUCUUACUCACAUCACACCUUGCUUGAGUGAUUCUACUCUAAUAGACGUUUUACAUGAAAUCAUAUUGAAAUCUAUAUUGCAUCCUACUGUAAGAAUUCUUUCUACAACACGAUACACAUUUCCGAAUGGUGUUAUCGCACGGUCUGCAUUGGCUGAUAAAUAUUUGGAAACACUAUUCUCAUUGAGCUUACGUCUCGGCAAUGUAAUGACAAAGAGUCACUUGACAGUACCUAUCCAGCGGUUCUUCCUGGCAUUCGACAAGGCAUUUAGUCUCCAUGAAAAAGCUACUUAUAAGGAUGAUCUGAGAAGAUCAUCAACUACUGUGAAGGAUGAUGAACAUGAUGGCAAUACUCAGCAAUGGGCUAUCAUUGGCACUCCUCUUUGCACUAAUCAAGUUAGAAAUGGUGUUAAUGAGAUUGCUGAUUCCUAUUCACCACCUGCGAUAGAAAGUCAUGAUAUAUCAGAUCCUCAGAGAAAUAAGGCUUUUGAGGAACUGAAAGCGGUUUUUACUACCGAAUUUGCACAUAAGGCUUAUGUUAUGUUUUAUCGUUACAUUGGAGAUGUAUUGUUGGAGGAAAUACUAAAAAAUCAUCAACUCAUUCGUGAUCUCUCUUAUGCUUAUGAGCAGGAAGUUCAAGUGACCUAUCCAAAUAUUGGUUCCUCUGAUAUUCUUUACCUAACGGAAUAUGCGCCCUUGGAAAAUGAAUCUGAUGGUAGGGGAGCUGGAAGUUUUGGAAACAUUUCAGUGAUAGGAAAUCGAAUUGAAGUACAGAGAAAUAAUACAGUUCCUCAAGCUCAGCCACAGACUGAAAAUAGCUCAGCACCAAAUCGAGAAUCAUCUUCAGCCAGUCGGCAUCUUCGAGGCAAUUGGUUAGCAUAUUGGGAGCAUGAAAUUGGAAGAUCAGACAAAGAUACUAGGUUCAAUAUAAAGCAGAUAAAACUUCAGAAUUUUAAUGGUCAUACUAAUAGUAUACGAUGCCUACAUGUUUUGGAUAAUGAGAACAGUUUUAUGAGUGGUUCUCGUGACAAGACUGUAAAACUUUGGAGUCUAAGAAGUCAGGGAGGCGGAAGUGCAGUGUCCUCCUGUCAGUAUACAUAUACAGGUCACAAAAAAUCUAUUCUUGCCAUAACUUUCUUAGAAUCCUUGAGAUACGCAGUGACCUGUGAUGGCUCUAUUCACUGCUGGGAUAUCUUCAUGGGUUCUUUAUUGGCAUCACCAGAAAGUCCACGUCCAGCACCUGUCAACACUUUGGCAGCGAGUCCUGCUCCAUCCACUACGCUUCUCGUGGCAACGACUGAUAUUAAUUUGAGAGUCAUUGACUGCAGAACCUUUCAAUAUGUUAAUGAAAUGAAGUUGUCAAUGAAUCCCACAGGACUGAUUAGAUGUAUAGCCGUAGCACCUAGUGGACACUGGGUGGCAUUAGGACAGGCAUCUGGUUUCCUAACUAUUCUCGAUAUUCGCACUGGUCUCAUUAUAGCAUCAUGGAAAGGGCACGAGUGUGAGGUUCUACAAUUGGAGGCAGUUAAUGAAACUACAAUAGUCAGCUCCUCCCUGGAUCAAACCAUAGCCGUUUGGAGCGCUAUAGAUGGGAAAUUAAAAUUUCAUAUGAAAGGGGUUACUGAACCAGUACAUUGUAUGGCUGUGUAUGAAGAGGAACUUAUAUCAGGAACUACGGCCAAUCGUAUUGGCGUUCAUACUGCAGUAGACGCUACGGCGUCGUUUUCGUCAACAAAGUUGAGGUCCGACGCUUUUAAGGGAGUUCUUACUGCUAUGGUUGUACUUCCAUUAAACAGGCUACUUUUACUGGGUGCUGAUAAUGGUGGAAUUAGUCUGCUGUGCUGAAUGACUGCAGUGCAGUGUGAUAGGCAGAGCCACAGCAUCUUCAAAUACGGAUCCAUCCUCCUCAGCAGCGUUUUCUGGCAUCAGAACUUUGUCAGUGGCGGAUUCGACAGACUCAAAUUGCUUCUUGAAGAAAUGCAAUUGGAGAAAGUGCUGUAUUCCAAGAGAAUAAAAGGAGUAGUAAUUGGUAGAAGAUGGUAA